AUGUCCAGAUCAACGGACAUAUACCUUACGAUGGAGAGCGGAGAGCUUGUUGUCCGUCAAGGUCUCCAUUCCAGCCGAGGAGUGCAUAUGACUAGAGGACAGCAUAUCAUCGUCGCUGGUGGCGGUGUCACUCGUCUGACGUGGGCUUUUCUCGACGCUGGCUACUCUGUUACAAUUGUCUACGACCGGUGGGCAUCACUCGACCGCAUUACGGCCCAGAUCGCUGGCGCACUGAUCCGUGAGGAUUCGCUGCUACCGAGGAAGCUCGCUGUCUGCGAGGAGGUCGACACUGUCGACGCAUACAAGCACGCCUCGCCUGUCGUUGACACAGAUGUUUACAUGGCGCGAUCUCGUCUACCCGUCGAGAAUAAGGCCAAGCAAUUUAUUACGCACCGCGUCUCCGGCAAUAUAUUCGAGCAAGAGGACACUCUUGAGUCUAGAAACGUCCGACGCACAGUACAUAAUCAAAGCCAUCGGCUUGGGACGAAGCUUGCGAAAUUGGAAGAAGUUCAAGUUUACGUUGUCGCUUAUGACGAGAACAAGCGUGACGAAGAUGGUGGUGUUGUCUUCAUCGUGCCCCAGAACAAUAACGCCCAUCCUCGGUGGUUCGUCCCUAGUUGUCUGGCACAGCUAAACGAAGGCAAGAUCGACCUUACUAUUGACAGUCCCGAGAUCCGGAGGACGCGUGAGCGCUGCAACCGCUUCCUGCUCGAAUGUGCGGAGAUCGAUCCACACUCCCCCUGCCCAGGGGACUACAGCCUGCUCGCGCAGAGAACGUGAUGGUCCA